AUGAUUGAAAGUAAAUGCAUUGAAGUCGACAAGGCCCAAAGCUCAACAACAACCGAAACAAGGCCCAGACUAAACAACGAGCACUGGCAAGCUCUCAUCGCUUUGUAUCGGACACUGUUAUACGAGCAUCAUGACUUUUUUUUUUGGCUUCACAACAUCCUUCCGCAAGUCCUGCGCUACACCGGCUUGCAAGCAAAUAUGAAAUGCUAG